UAUGCGAUUUGUUUUGAAACACUGCCGAAAAUACUGUUCAAAUGCAGCAGCAGCAAAUUCUCAGAUUGCACGCUAUGCGCGCCUUGGCCAAAUCGGAAAUGCUCGUAAAAUAUUCGAUUCUAUACAAGAUAAAAACAACAUUGUUUCAUGGAACUCGAUAGUAGCAUGCUACUUUCAAAACAACCAGCCUAAUGAGGCACGCCAACUGUUUGAUAAAAUGCCUGAAAGAAGCACUGUUUCUUGGAACGUUUUGGUUUCUGGGUAUGUCAAGAAUAACAUGCUUAAGGAAGCCCGAAAUGUUUUCGACCGAAUGCCUGAGAGAAAUAUUGUUUCUUGGACUUCAAUGAUUCGAGGUUAUAUACAAGAAGGUUUAGUUUCUGAGGCCGAAUCGCUUUUCUGGGAGAUGCCUGAAAGGAAUGUGGUUUCGUGGACAGUCAUGUUGGGUGGGUUUAUUCAAGACGGUGAACUUGAUAAGGCUCGACGUCUUUUUGAUGCAAUGCCGGUGAAAGAUGUAGUUGCUUGGACUAGUAUGGUUGGCGGGUAUUGCCAGGAUGGUCGAUUGGGUGAAGCGCGUGAGCUUUUUGAUGAAAUGCCGCAAAAAAAUGUGGUUUCUUGGACGACUAUGAUUAAUGGGUAUGUCCAGAAUGGUCGUGUUGAUGUUGCUAGGAAACUCUUUGAGGUGAUGCCUGAAAAAAAUGAGGUGUCGUGGACAGCAAUGCUUACGGGUUAUACGCAAUGUGGAAGGAUGGAAGAGGCUAUGGAGCUUUUUAAUGCCAUGCCUUACAAGUCUGUGGUUUGUUGUAAUGCCAUGAUACUCGGGCUGGGCAUAAAUGGGGAUGUAAUUAAAGCAAGGGAGAUAUUUGAUCAGACUAGGGAUAAGGAUGUUGGAACGUGGAGUGCAAUGAUCAAGACUUAUGAAAAAAAAGGGUUUGAAUUAGAAGCCUUGAGAUUAUUUUCGUUGAUGCAAACACAAGGUGUCAAACCUAAUUUUCCUUGUUUGAUUAGUGUCCUUUCAGUUUCUUCUAGCCUUGCGAGUAUUGAUCAUGGUAGACAAAUUCAUGCUCAGCUAGUCAAGGGUUUGUUUGAUACCGAUGUGUAUGUUGGUUCAGUAUUGAUCACAAUGUAUGUAAAAUGUGGUGAUUUGGUAAAGGCUAAGACCGUAUUUGAUAGAUCUCCGACCAAGGAUAUUGUUAUGUGGAAUUCUAUCAUAUCAGGUUAUGCACAACAUGGUUUAGGAGAAGAAGCUUUGGAAGUUUUUCACAAUUUGUGUAGUUUAGGGAUUAAAGCUGAUAAUGUUACAUUCAUAGGAGUUCUUUCGGCUUGUAGUUACACAGGGAAGAUUGACGAAGGGCUUGAAAUAUUUGAGUCAAUGAAAUCAAAGUAUUUGGUUGACCCAAAAAUUGAACACUAUGCUUGCAUUGUGGAUCUGCUUGGUCGAGGAUGUCGGUUAAAGGAGGCAAUGGAUUUAAUAACCACGAUGCCGAUGGAGGCAGAUGCUAUCAUAUGGGGUUCUCUAAUGGGUGCUUGCAGAACCCAUGCAAACCUUGACAUGGCUCAAGUGGCAGCUAAGAAACUCGAACAACUGGAGCCCAAAAACUCGGGACCAUAUACCUUGCUAUCAAACAUAUACGCUUCAAAAGGUAAAUGGUCUGAGGUUGAAUACCUCAGGAAAACAAUGAGAUCAGAUAAUGUCAAGAAAGCACGUGGUUGUAGCUGGAUAGUAAUUGAGAAGGAAGUGCAUAUUUUUGGAGGUGGGGAAUGUAAUUCCCACCCUGAACAGUCUUUAAUUAUUGGGAUGUUGGAUCACAUAGGGGGGUUACUUAAAGAAGCUGGAUACUCUCCAGAUGAAAGUGUUGUACUGCAUGACGUAGAUGAAGAGGAGAAAUUGCAUAGUUUGGGUUUUCAUAGUGAGAAACUGGCGUUGGCCUAUGGACUUUUAAAGGUACCAGAUGGGAUGCGAAUUGUGAUAAUGAAUAAUCUUAGGGUCUGUGGAGAUUGCCAUUCUGUGUUUAAGUUAAUAUCUCAAGUAAUGCGUAGGGAGAUCAGUUUGAGAGAUGCACAUAGGUUCCAUCAUUUCAAGGAUGGAUCAUGUUCUUGUAGGGAUUAUUGGUGAUCCACGUCGCAGUGACGGGUUUUGAGAGGUUGUUAACUCUAAGAAGGCCAUCCAUCUCGUCCAUCAGGCAAGAAAUAGAAAUGCUGCGACUUCAGAAGAAAAUUCAGCAGAAAAAGUUGCCAAUUCAUUGUUCGGGGAGGCGAGAGCACAACGUACAAAGGACAAUACAUCCAUAAUUUUAUUAGAUAUUGAAACAAACCAUUCUUGUAAACAUGAGGAAUGAUGUAUAGAAUAAUAAUAUCACAUCUUAUUUAAGAUUGUAACAUAUGUAAAAUAUAGUUAGCUAGUCAGCCAGUGAGCCUUUGGUGGAGGUGGCUUGUGUUCAUAGGGAGUUUCGCACCAUGGGUCCCUGUAUUUUCCAAGUAGUUGAGUUACUAAUUUAGUUAUAAAUUAAUUUGUUGAUAAUCUUGAAACAUCUGAAAAUUUUUCGUUUGGAGUGUCAAUCUGUUUCAAUGUUUGAGAUUA